AUGACGAGUAAGUCAUAUAAAUGUGGUCAUAUAUUCUUCAGACUGAUAUAUAGUGAUCUGUGUGAGUAAGUUCUCAACUUUGAUUAGGUACAGCGAUAUAUGAUAGAUAUAAACCAUAUAUAAACUCAAAGCCAAACAAGCAUUGAAAAAAUGCGGUGUUGUGUGCCUUUCUGCCAAAAUACUUCGGACAAUAUAUCUAAAUCAGAGGCAGAAGGAAUUAGUUUUCAUGGUUUCCCCAGUAAAAUGCAUCUCCGUGCUACUUGGCUCAAAGCUCUCGGCAAACAAGACAAUCUACCAGACACUGCGGUGGUCUGCUCAAAGCAUUUUCUAAAUGAUGACAUUUAUGAAACAGAAAGUGGCUUAAGGCAAAUUCGUACUAGAGCUAUUCCUUCCAUGGUGCAGGUUUGCAUGAUAUGCCUUGACACUGACAGCAAGCUGUUGCUAAUGAACAAAUAUAAUCUGUAUGAAGCAUAUGAAAAGUUAACUGGAUAUCCUUUGUGUGAUCAAGGAAACCUAAAACAAACACUUUGUGUACAAUGUGCUCAGAGAUUGACUAACUUUAGCAGAUUUAGAGAAAAGAGCUUGAGAGCCCGUGCACUGAUGAUGGACUUAAUUAACAAACAUGAAUUAAUAACAAGACGACACAUCGAAAUGAUAAAUAGCACGAAACACCAACUAAAGAGUAAUAUGGUGGUGACAACGUUAGGCCCUGACCACUGCAACUUAUACAUAUUAGAACACCCCUCAGAAGACAACCAAACCGAAUUAGAGGAAACAGGCUACCAAGUUCUAGUAAAAACUGAAGGGAGUGAUGACUCUAUGUCGGUUGAUGAGGACACAGGAGUGAUAAAUGAAGAUCACAAUAUUGCAGACACUGUCAAAGAUGAGUUUGUAACUUGUAACGAUGAAAACAUAUCUGAUUAUAGCAUUAUGAUGGAAGAAAAAGCAAUGGAUGAAGAUCUUUACAAAGCUCUCAAGAUGAAACAGGCAUACAUGCGACAUACAAGUGCCGAGAACAGUGAUGAUGAUGGUGAAUGUGAGACGUCACAAGUAUGCAAGUCUCAUACAGCUGUGAGCUCUAGCUCUUCACACUCUUCACUCCUCACUGAGAACAAGCAGGCAGGCCCCAGCCCUUCUGCACAUUCUGCUCAGACCUUGGUUGCUCCUCUUCCCGCAACAAGUAACGAAAUAAAAGCACCGUCAACUGAAGAAGCCGAUACAACCGCCAGUUGCCGAUAUGAAAGAUUAACAGAUUGUUUUGUCAAACUAUAUGAUAUUUUCUCUAAGAAAGUUAUACCAAGUGAGGAAAACACUGUUAGGUCAUACCCUACAACAGAAUAUGUUGAACCAGGCAAUGAAACAGUAAAAGUAAUUGUAUCAAAAACUGUACAAAGACAAGCUGAUUGUUUGAAAAAUGUUGUCAAUGUACAAUCUUCGUCGCUAAACAGUUCAAACACUGAAGUAAGCAGGUUUAUCUGUGAUAUUUGUCGAAAAGUGUGUAUACGAAAAAGAAACUUAGUUAAACACAUAAAGGCUCACACUGAAGUAAGACGGAUUAGUUGUAAGAUUUGCCAGUACACAUGUAAAUUUCAAAGCGUUUUGAAGCAGCACAUGAGAACCCACGCUGGUGAUAAACCAUAUUGCUGUAAGAUAUGCGAUAACAAAUGUGCACAAAAUAGCCAUCUAGUGAGGCACAUGAGAACCCACACUGGUGACAAGCCAUAUUCCUGUAAGAUAUGCAAUUACAAAUGUGGACAAAAUAACACUUUAGUGACGCACAUGAGAAUCCACACUGGUGAAAAGCCAUAUUCCUGUAAGAUAUGCGAUUACAAAGGUGCACAAAAUAGCACUUUAGUGAAGCACAUGAGAACCCACACUGGUGAAAAGCCAUAUUCCUGUAAGGUAUGCGAUUACAAAUUUACAUCAAAUAGUGAUCUAGUGUCGCACAUGAGAACUCACACUGGUAUAAAACCUUUCUCGUGUGAGUUAUGUAGUUACAAAUGUGCAAGAAAUAGCCAUCUAGUGAGGCACAUGAGAACCCACACUGGUGAAAAGCCAUAUUCCUGUAAGAUAUGCAAUUACAAAUGUGCAAGAAAUAGCACUUUAGUGACGCACAUGAGAACACACACUGGUAUAAAACCCUCCUCGUGUAAGAUAUGCGAUUACAAAUGUGCACAAAAUAGCGAUCUAGUGGCGCACAUGAGAACCCACACUGGUGAAAAGCCAUAUUCCUGUAAGGUAUGCGAUUACAAAUGUGCACAAAAUAGCGAUCUAGUGGCGCACAUGAGAACCCACACUGGUAUAAAACCUUUGUCAUGUGAGUUAUGUAAUUACAAAUGUGCAAAAAAAAGCAAUCUAGUGACGCACAUGAGAAUCCACACUGGUGAAAAGCCAUAUUCCUGUAAGGUAUGCGAUUACAAAUGUGCACGAAAUGCCCAUCUAGUGACGCAUAUGAGAACCCACACUGGUAUAAAACCUUUCUCAUGUGAGUUGUGUAGUUACAAAUGUGCUCAAAAUAGCAAUCUAGUGACGCACAUGAGAACUCACACUGGUAUAAAACCUUUCUUGUGUAAGUUAUGUAGUUACAAAUGUGCACAAAAUAGCAAUCUAGUGACGCAUAUGAGAACACACACUGGUGACAAGCCAUACUCCUGUAAGAUAUGCGAUUACAAAGGUGUACAAAAUAGCGAUCUUGUGGCGCACAUGAGAACCCACACUGGUAUAAAACCUAUCUCAUGUGAGUUAUGUAGUUACAAAUGUGCACAAAAUAGCCAUCUAGUGACGCACAUGAGAACACACACUGGUGACAAGCCAUACUCCUGUAACAUAUGCGAUUACAAAGGUGUACAAAAUAGCGAUCUAGUGGCGCACAUGAGAACCCACACUGGUAUAAAACCUAUCUCAUGUGAAUUAUGUAGUUACAAAUGUGCACAAAAUAGCCAUCUAGUGACGCACAUGAGAACACACACUGGUGAAAAGCCAUAUUCCUGUAAGGUAUGCGAUUACAAAUGUGCACGAAAUGCCCAUCUAGUGAUGCAUAUGAGAACCCACACUGGUAUAAAACCUUUCUUAUGUGAGUUAUGUAGUUACAAAUGUGCUCAAAGUAGCCAUCUAGUGGCGCACAUGAGAACACACACUGGAAUAAAACCUUUCUCAUGUCAGUUAUGUAGUUACAAAUGUGCAAGAAAUAACCAUCUAGUGAGGCACAUGCGAACCCACACGGUGAUAAGCCAUAUUCCUGUAGACCGACUUGAAGCGACGUCCAGUAAACUUGAUGGUGUAUAGCUAGUGUGCAUGACAUGUCGACUUGGCC